CAGUAGCGGAUACUCUGUAAAAGAGCAGGACGCCCUGAGCGCCACUCACGAGUCUCCUGUAGGGGAAUCAGACGGAGGUAUCUGGCAACCAAACACCAGCGUUCACUGUACUCCACCAGUCUUCGUCUCCUCCACAGAGAUCAUCACACCGGACAUAAAGGAAAGACGUCACUGUGAUGUGCACCGGUGUGAGAUGUAAGGAAAAAACAGAGGACUGAAUUACUGAAUCUUGUAUGGCAGGAAAAACUGGGUCCAUGCGUGUGAUGGUGACAGGUGGGAGUGGUCUGGUGGGAAAAGCGAUAGAGCAUGUGCUGAAGGAGGAAGGAGGAGCAAGAGAAGAGGAGGAAUGGAUUUGUCUGUCCUCCAAAGAUGCAAACCUAAUUGAUGUAGCCGAAACAACAGCUCUGUUCCAGAAACACCGUCCCACACACGUCAUUCAUCUAGCAGCCAUGGUGGGGGGGCUCUUUAAAAACAUGAGACAGAACCUGGACUUUUGGAGAAACAACAUGUACAUCAAUGACAAUGUGCUACAAGCAGCUCAUGAUUUUGAUGUGGUAAAAGUCGUAUCCUGUUUGUCCACUUGCAUCUUUCCAGACAAAACCACAUACCCCAUUAAUGAGACCAUGAUUCACAAUGGUCCUCCUCAUGAAUCUAACUUCGGUUAUGCGUAUGCAAAGCGAAUGAUUGAUGUCCACAACAGAGCAUAUUUUACACAGUAUGGUCGGCGAUACACAUCUGUUAUCCCUACAAACGUGUUUGGGCCACACGACAACUUCAACAUAGAGGAUGGUCAUGUACUGCCUGGACUUAUACACAAGACCUACAUAGCAAAGAAGGAGGGAACAAGUCUGCAGGUGUGGGGUUCUGGUCGCCCCCGGAGACAAUUUAUCUAUUCCUUGGAUCUAGCUCGUCUCAUUCUGUGGGUUCUUAGGGAAUACAAUGAGGUGGAUCCCAUCAUAUUGUCAGUUGGCGAGGAGGAUGAGGUGUCCAUUAAAGAAGCAGCAGAUGCAGUUGUUGAAGCUUUGGAGUUCAAAGGAGAAGUGGUUUAUGACACAAGCAAAGCUGAUGGUCAGUUUAAGAAAACUGCCAGCAAUGCUAAACUCUGCAAGUACCUUCCUGAUUUCACCUUCACACCAUUCCACAAAGCCAUCAAGGAGACAUGUGACUGGUUUGUGGCCAACUACAACACCGCUCGCAAAUGAGGAUGGUGCUAGCUGUCUUACAGCAGGAUGAUGAUAAGUUACAGCACAAAUGUUGGACUUAUUGCACUGUGAAACAGCCACCAAUACUUGAGUAAAGUAUUGAAUAAAUAGCUUAAAAUGCUAUAAUGGAAAAAGCCUUAAAGGUACAAAGCGGGGAGUUUUUGCUGUUCAAUUAGGAGAUCAUUAUACACUUGCUGGAAUUAUCACAAAUGAUGGACAUUCAACUUCCAUUUAUGAUUCUGACAGGAAAACUAUUUUUCUCUCUCUAUUAGACAUAAAUAGUAGUUUAUGAAGUAAAAAGUGUUAUUUGAUUGGCUUAUGUGUCUUUUGUUAAGAAUAUAUAACAAACCAUGUUUAUUUUCUUUGUUAAAUUACAAGUUCAGACAUUUCCUUUUGUAUGUUACAUAAUGUUAUAUUUUUAACUGUUGUUCUUUUUAACCUUACAUCUGCUUUUAAACUGGUUCUCAUAGAUGGUUGUGUGUUUAUAUGAAGACUUUAAUGUUAAACAUAUUUGUUACUAUAAUAAGUACUAUAAUUUAUGUUGGGUGAAUAGUUUAACUAAUGAGCCUUUGUGUGAGACCUUUCUUUAUUCUGAAACUUUACAGUAUGAGAUACUUUUCUGUAAAAAUAUUAAGCCUUUUUAAAUGCUUAUUAGUAAUACAGAUACUUGCCAAAAAGUAAUGUGUGUUUUCAUUCUACAUUCCUUCUGUUAGCAGUGUGCAUCAUUUAUAGUUUUUUUGAUUAUUGUUAUUUUUUUCUCUCUAAAUCAUGUUCUUUUAGAUUCUUAAUUAGAAUUAAAGAUAAACUUUUUCCUUCAGAACACAUGGUAACCUGUUAGAGGUCUAUAUUUCAGUUUAGUUAAGCAAUCCUGGCCAGUUAGAUAAAAACUAGUUUUUUGACACCUUCAACAUUUCAAUGAAUAAUACAUAACAUGUUGAGAUGAAAUCUAGAUACUGAAAACGAGAGCUGUGGUCUAAGAUUUACAUACACUUUAAAUAUUACUUUAUUAGUAUUGAUAUUUCCUAAAUGUCUUUAUUUGUACUUGUCUGUCCUUACUUAACUGACACUAACUGGUACCUUUUCUACACUGACAAAUAGUUUGUAAAUAGAUUCUGAGCUGAAGUACACAGCAACAGAUCCAGGAUUUUACUUGACAGUACUAUUCUGAAGAAUACACAUACAUUUCCCCAUGUUUGUCACGCCUUAAAUGUUCCAGAUCUUUAAACAAGUUUAAAUGUUCGUUAAAGACAACACAAGUAAACACACAAUGCAGUUUUUAAAUGAAGGUUUUCAUUAUUAAGAAAAAAAUCCAAACCAUGUGUGAAAAAGUAGCGUAACUGAUUUAUCACACCUAAGUUCAGUUUCUCUAGUCACAUCCAUGCCCGAUUAUUGCCACACCUGUUCUCAAUCAAAAAAAUCAGUUAAAUAGGACCCGCCUGAAAAAGCGAAUCAAACCAAAAGAUACUCAAAAGCUCGACAUCAUGCCGAGAUCCAAAGUGAUUCAGAAACAAAGAGAAAAAAGUCUGGAAAAAAUUAUAAAACUAUUUAUAGAUUUUGGCAAUACAGCAAACCCCAAUAUAAAUCAUGAUCAAUUAAGAAAUACAGUAGACUGGAAAAAAAGUGUCAAUACGAAAACCACUGCUGAGCAAAAAGAACAUUAAGUCUCAAUUUUGAAAACAUCUUGAUGAUCCCAAGGACUUUUGGGAAAAAUACUCUGUGGACUGACAAGACAAAAGUUUAACUUUUUGGAAAGUGUGUGUCACAUUAUAUCUGGUGUAAAAUUAACACAACAUUUGAGAAAAAAAGAUUAUCAUACCUACAGUAAAACAUGGCGGUGGCAGUGUGAUGGUCUGGGGUUGCUUUGCUGCGUCAGGGCCUGGAAGAUUGCUGUGAUAAAUGAAACGAUGAAUUCCACUGUCUACCAAAAAGUCCUAAAGUAGAAUGUCUGGCCAUCUGUUCGUGACCUCUGAAAGCUGAAACAAACUUGGGUUCUGCAGCAGGACAAUGAUUCAAAACACACCAAGUCCAACCUCUGAAUGGCUGAAGAAAAACAAACUGAAGACUUUGGAGUGGCCUAGUCUAAGUCCUGACCUGAAUCCUAUUGAGAUGCUGUGGCAGAAGUAUAAAAAAGGCAAUUGAUGCUGGAAAAUCCUCCAAUUCCCCCACAGUGCUGUGAAAAACUGUAAGGUGUAAGUUACUGCAAACACUUGAUUGCUGCUGUUAAGGGCAGUCCAAUCAGUUAUUAAGUUUAGAGGGCAAACACUUUUUCACACAGGACCAUGUAGGUUUGGAUUUUUUCUCACUUAAUAAUAAAAACAUUCAUUUAAAAUG